GGCCAAGAGAUUACCAAGGUCAUGAAUAGCAACAAUGGCAAGGAAACUCCCCAGAUCACAUCACCUGUGUCUACUGUUGCUGAUAUGGCUGUGGACCAGUUGCAGGCCAAUGAGAAGCUUAUUGCAGAACUGAAUGAGACAUGGGAAGAGAAACUGAAACGUACAGAAAGCAUACGUCUUCAAAGAGAGGCUGUAUUUGCUGAAAUGGGUGUAGCACUAAAGGAAGAUGGAAAUACUGUUGGCAUCUUCUCUCCAAAGAAGACUCCUCACUUGGUGAAUCUCAAUGAAGAUCCAUCAAUGUCAGAGUGUUUGCUGUACUACAUUAAGGAUGGCUUCACCAAAGUUGGUUCUGCUGAAUCAAACAUUCCGCAGGAUAUACAGCUCUAUGGUGCUCACAUAAUGCCAGAACACUGUCAAUUUGAGAACAAUGAAGGUGUUGUGUUGAUACACCCUUGCCCUAAAGCGAUGUCAUAUGUCAACGGUCGUGAGGUAGUGGAACCCACAGUUUUGAAAACUGGCUCUCGUGUCAUUCUUGGCAAAAAUCACGUGUUUAGGUUCAAUCACCCAGAGCAAGCCCGUGAACGUCGAGAAACAAAAUCCCCAGCAGAGACACCGGGUUCAGGUGAGCCUGCAGAUUGGCAGUUUGCCCAGAUAGAGCUCUUGGAGAAGCAAGGCAUUGACCUGAAGGAGGAGAUGCAGAAACGACUGGUGGCCCUUGAAGAACAGUUCCAGCGUGAGAAGGAAGAGGCACAAAAAGAAUUUGACAAGGAGAGAAAGAACUACGAGGCCCGGAUUGAUGCCCUCCAGAAGCAAGUGGAGGAGCAGAGCAUGACCAUGUCCAUGUAUUCAUCUUACACACCAGACGACUUCACCCACGAAGACGACAUCUUUGUAAACCCCUUGUUUGACGCAGAGUGCAACUGGACGGAACGGGAGUAUGCCUUGGCCUCUUGGGCCUUCCGCAAGUGGAAGUACCACCAGUUCACCUCCCUCCGAGACGAUCUUUGGGGCAACGCUAUUUUCCUCAAGGAAGCCAAUGCCAUCUCAGUUGAGCUCAAGAAGAAGGUCCAGUUUCAGUUCACCUUGUUAACUGACACACUGUACUCUCCACUGCCUCCUGACUUCCUUCCACUGCUAGAGGAAGAAGAGGAGGAGGACGAGGAAGACCGCCCAACUCCACGCACGAUUGUUGCAGUUGAGGUUCAAGACACAAAGAAUGGAGCCACACACUACUGGACCCUAGAAAAAUUAAGACAUCGUUUGGAGUUGAUGCGUCAGAUCUACAACUCUGACGUGAGUCCAUGCUCUCUGUCACCCUCCCCACCACCGGAGCGACAAGGGGAAGAGGAGUUGCAAACCUGCAUUCCAGCGUGUAACCAGGCCAGACUCUCCCUGUCCCAGCUGCUGCCUGCCAGGCUCAUCAACACCCGCAUACAAAGGCUGGAAUUGAUGAGAGAGAUGUAUCACAAUGAAGCAGAACUUUCACCUACCUCACCAGACUACAACAUUGAAAACCUAACUGGAGGAGACCCAUUCUAUGACCGCUUCCCUUGGUUCAGGCUGGUGGGCAGGGGUUUCUUGUAUUUGAGUAACCUCCUGUACCCUGUGCCACUGGUACAUCGUGUUGCUAUUGUUAAUGAACGAGGUGAUGUUAAGGGAUAUUUGAAGGUUGCUGUGCAGGCAGUUGUAGCUGAAGAAGAUGCUGUGGAAACGACACAACCAGCGGGGGUGCGGCAAAGUGCUCGCAUAUCUUUCAAUGACGGAUCAUUCAAGAGACCGCGAACAAAACGAGGAUCGCUCUCAGCUCAGGUACUCGAGAAAAAUACAGCUGCAGCUGCUGAAGAAGAACGUAUAGUUGAGGGUCAGGUUGCUCCAGGAGACACCAUAAAGAUCGAAGAUGAGGUGUGUGAAGUAGACAGUGGUAGAGGUGACAGCAGUGUCAGUUCUUGCGAAAGCUUAAAAGAUGAAGACCUUCCGCCUCACUUGCGCAUUGGCCAGGAGUUUACUUUCCGCGUGACUGUGCUUCAGGCCUUUGAUGUGUCAACAGAGUAUGCAGACAUUUUCUGCCAGUUCAACUUUUUGCACCGCCAUGAUGAGGCCUUCUCUACAGAGCCCAUCAAGAACACUGGUAAAGGACCUCCACUUGGAUUUUAUCAUGUGCAGAACAUUACUGUGACAGUAACACGAGCCUUCCUGGAAUACAUCAAAACCCAACCCAUUGUGUUUGAAGUCUUUGGCCACUACCAACAGCACCCUCUUCAUCGAGAUGCUCGGCAAGAUGCCACGCAUUUCUUACCCCCUGGCCUGGUCCCUCCCGGCAGCUCCAGAGGCCCUCCGAAGAGGAUGCAGCCACCUGCCAUCCCCAUCAGCCAGCCUGUGCGCUCACCCAAGUUCGGCGUCGUGCAGAGCCCAUCUACCUCCCACGUGCAUGCGAGACAUGACCUCCUCGUGUGGUUCGAGAUCUGCGAGCUAGCACCGAAUGGAGAGUACGUCCCAGCAGUGGUAGAGCAUGGAGACGACCUUCCUUGUAGGGGACUUUUCCUCCUACAUCAGGGUAUCCAACGUCGCAUCCGAAUCACCAUUGUGCAUGAAAACUCUCCAGACCUGAUCUGGCGAGAUGUUCGAGAAUUGGUUGUGGGUCGCAUACGCACAACCCCAGAGAGUGAGGAUGAUGACAAUGAUACCUCAGUAUUAUCUCUGGGUUUGUUCCCUGGAGAAUACCUAGAAUACCCUGGGGAGGAUCGCACUCUCUUCCGCUUUGAGGCUGCCUGGGAUUCGUCACUCCACAAUUCCGUCUUGUUGAAUCGUGUUACACCACAUGGAGAGCAUGUCUACAUGACUAUAUCAGCAUACCUUGAGUUGGAAAACAAUGCCCAACCAGCCAUCAUCACAAAGGACCUGUGUAUGGUUGUAUAUGGUCGUGACUCUCGAACCAUCCCACGGUCUCUGCGUCACUUAUUCAGUGGAUCCUAUAAGAAUGCUGAAGCAAACAGGAUCUGCGGAGUUUAUGAGACUGUGCUGAAGCGCGCAGCUGAAGCAGGUAGCCCAGGCUUACAGCGACGACAGCGACGGGUCCUGGACACAAGCUCCACAUAUGUCCGUGGCGAAGAGAACCUGCAUGGAUGGAGGCCACGUGGAGAUUCCCUUAUCUUUGAACACCAGUGGGAGCUUGAGAAGAUCACACGCUUGACCCAGGUGGAGCGCACACGACACUCCCUCCUCCUGCGGGAAAAACUUGGCCUCGGAAAAACUCCCAUCCCUUAUAGCCAUCACCACGACUACACCAAGAGUGAAAAGCAUCCUAACCAACUUCCUCGUAUGCAGGAGGUGGCUAAUCAAGCAGCCAAGGCCGGUUGCGAUGCGCGUGCUGUAUUGGCACGCUGUUCCUCCAGAGACUUGCCCUCAACAGACUCUGAAAACAUGAGCGAAGCAGAGAAGGAUACAGCUUUCAAAUUCAUUAGGCUCAUGCAGGGCCGAUCCGCACAGACACACGCUAAGCAAGGAACUCCAGCACAGACACCUAACGAUGAGCAAGAUGCCCUCACUACCUCGGUCACCUCUUCCUGCUCUUCCACAACCUCCACAGAUGUGGUGACAAAACAGCGAGGCUUCCUUCUGCAGACGCUCGGGGACAAAGAAGUGCAUGACUGGCUCUAUGCUAUCAAUCCACUCCUGGCUGGGCAGAUCAGAUCAAAGCUUGGUCGCCGCAGCCGCCACACAUCUGGAGGAAGCCACCCCAAUACACUCUCUGUACCUACAAAGUGAGACAUGGACAAUCCCAGGUAUAAGCAAAGCCUCAGCCACUGACUUCUUCAUCAGUCUCUGACCUCUUCAACAACCUAAUCUUUUCAUGAGCCUCCUGAUACAUUGGUCACAGUAUCAACCCAGCUGUUGGAAAUAUCAGUGUAUUAUCUGUUUGUGUAAAAAAAAAAAUAUUAUUAUUAUGAUAAUAAAGAGGGUAUUACAGCAUUUAUACAGAGCUCCAUAGACUGGAGUUAGUUCCUUCCUUGUAUAUUAUAGGGACAAUACAAUCUGGUUAUCAUGUUUCAUUAACAUUUAAGAGAUACAUAAUGAGGAGGUCCUCUCAUCAGACCCUCCCACCUGACUGGUCUUUUCUUCAGAAACUUUCCCUUAAAGUAUGUAGUAGGAGCCAAUGAAUGUCAUAAUUGCAUAUACAUUAUGAGAGGUAGAAUGUUUUCUGGAAUAGUGUGAAAUGAUCUGGUAACAGUUGCACGGUUCUGUUCUCUAGUCCCUAAGAUGACAAUACUUUAUAAAGAAUGAUUGAGCUUGCAGACACCAUUGCAUCCAACCAUUUACUCUUGCAGUGUCUGCUGUGUUCCUUCCAAAUGUUCAGCAUACCAGGGUGGACAGUUAUUUCACUAACCCAGUUGUAUGUCCCAUGUGCUUGCCUGUUGCUUCUUAUUGUACACGGGCUCUACCAGCAUCACCCUUAAUUGUGGUCAUUACUAAUUAUAGUAGACUCAUUAGCAUUGCAAGAUAUAUCAUGAAGUUUAAUAAUUUAAGGUGUGACAAACCUUAUUUUAUGUUACUUGUGUAUAUGUUCAUAAAAAAGGAAAAAAAAAUCACAAGUGGAGUGAAAUGCAGCUUACCAACAAAUAUAUGGGAGCCAGUAGUCCUGUUGCUCACUAGUGACAAUUUCUGAAGGGGACUGAAUCUGUGUGCUCAUCACUCUCAUGAGACCUGCUAUUUGCUGUAUAUUUUUGUCUUAUAGGGGUUUAUGUAUGACAUACUUUUCUUCCAUAUAGGAGUUUUUGUAUGUCAUAGACAGUUUCCUUUUAGGAGCUGCUGUAUGCCUUAUUCACCUUAAUGCUAGAGUUGCUCUGACAUACAGUUUCCCUGUAGGACUAUCUGUAAAAUGUAUACAUCUUAAAUGAUUUGCAUUACACUAUACCAACCUUGUCAAAGUGAACCUAUGGUGUUUGCAUAUCCAUGAUAAGAGCAUAUGUUUCCUGAAUGUAUCUUCCUCUACUGAAUUCUUGUAACAAUGAUAAGCGUUACUUUAUUAUGAUGCAGAUAUGGUAGAAGAUUUACCGAGGGUAGUCCGCAAGCAAGACGGGAACUGAUAUAUCCCUCUUAAGAUGAUUCUCAUGUAUAUGUCAGAAUUUCAACCUCAAUAUAGUUUGAGAUAUUACACUGAAAAUAAAUACAUUCCAAGGAGGUAGACUUACUGAAUUUGUGAAUAAAACCUUGUAAGUUGUGAUAUUAUAUAUAUACACAUAUAUAUCUAGACGAUUUUUGACCAAGGGAUGAUUAUUUUUUUUCUCUCUCUUUUUUCCAUGCAUGGGGGUGAAUCCAGGCAGUACUAGUCUUCAGAUGGAAAAGAAUAUAGUUUAAUGUAGAGAAUUAGGAUGUAAUAUAACAGAAAAAAAAAAUGAAAAUCAAAUAUAGUACCAUGCUGCCUGUAGAGAUAUCAUUGAGAAUGUGAGAAUCCAUUGCGUUUCUCAUUGAUCAUUAUUUAUUUAAAAAGAAUUGUACAUUCUAUACAAAGCUUAGGGUAAUGUGUUAAGAGCAGUACAGCAUGAGUGGGUGAACACUAAACUUUAAAUGGGUGCAUGAUGUACAAUACAUGUACAGUUCAGAUUCUUCUCACAGAGGUAGUAUGAAAUAUGAUAAGCCCUGAGGCCUUCCAACAACUGCCUACUCCCAGCUCUAAGUUGGUGCACAAAUGGGCCAGUAUCCACUUGAGAAUACAAAGAAUUACACUAGGUUCUGCACUUGGAGAACAUAUCUGUGACAAAACAAACAGCAGGAUAGGACUACAUGUGCAGUCAGAAACAUUUUAAUGUAGCUCUGACUUCUUUCUGUUAUUCAUCCUGAAUUAUAUUCACGUUAGAGAAAUAAGAUAUAAAAAGAAUAGAUAAACAAAUAAAAAUACAUUGUUAUGAAGUGUUCAGACUGUAUUUAAAACUCUCCUGCUUAAACUACAUUUUCUAAAAGCCCCCCACACAUUUACACUGGUACUUCAGCUAACAUUUCUCCAUACAUCACUACCAGAAGUCAUUGAUAAAGAAAACAAACUGUUCAAGCUAAUCAACAUCAAAGAACAUAAUGUCUCCCAGGCUUAGAAACAGCCUUACUAAGAGGGGCAGAGGAACAGCAAUUCAAAAGCUGCUGUUAUGAGAUCACUGAAUGUAAAGUCUUACAUGGAAUUUUAGUAAGGCAUGUUUACUUGGUCACUGCAUGCAGAAAUUGGUCUUACUGGAAGGCUAUUUUAUUACUCGGAGUUGCUGAUCAUACCACUAUUUUAAUUAUAUCCCCCCCAUAAUUUCCCCCUCGUAGGAACUUGUCAUCAGAGGUAAUUAUAACAUCUUAGAGUGUUUGUCUGUGAAGAGACCUGGUGAUUGGAAACUCGAAACCAAAGAUGUUAGUAUAUAAGUAUAAGCGUAUCUUUAUCUAGUCACAUGCAUCACCACAGAUGUGUUAGGAAAAUAACAUUUUGUCAGAUAGCUAGUGCAUGAUGUCUGCCAAUGGCAUGGAGACAACAGAAUGUACCCAGCACACCUGUCAGAUGUCCUCAUUACAAACAUAUAUUGCCGGGAUGGUAUUUUCCAAGCAUAUUGCAUUCCACACCAUAGUCUAGUUUAAUUUCAUCAUAUAUAUUUUUUUCUUUGUUUACUCUCUUUUAUUUUGUAUUACUUUUUUGCCCAUUUGUUCAUUAAAGAGUUUAAAAGCUUUAUAUUUGUGAUUACUAAAGAGUAGAAGUGGUUGUCCAGCAGUAAUAGGGCUGCUAUAUAUUAUGGCUAUAAACAAGGGCAAUCUUGAAAUAUGUAACUUUAAAGGAAAUUUUUUAGAAAAUUAUUAUUUGGAUAUCAAUAAUUAGUGAUAUUGUGUUAUCAUAGAAUAUAUCUUGAUCAAUUAUUUAUGAAACUCACUGUAAAGCUUGAUGUUUACAAUGAUAUGGCCAAAUGUAAUAAUUUAA